AGAUCGAGCGUUUUUGAAGCAGACACGGUGAAUAAAUUAGUCAGUAUGCCGAAAUCACCAAUUGAGAUUGUCCUAGGCGUCGCCAGUGUCGGCGACAGGUCCCUCGACCCAACAGUCAGAUACGACACCCCUGAAGAAGUCGAAGCAUUCCUCAAUGCCUUCUACGAGCGAGGCUACCGCCAGAUCGACACGGCCAGGGGCUACUCACCACACGCGCCAAAGUCCAGCGAGCCUCGCCUCGGCGCCGUCAACGCCGGAGAGCGCUUCCAGAUCGGCACCAAGGUCCUUUCCCGCCCGGAAGGAGCUCAUAAAAAGGAAAAGGUUGAGGAGAGCAUCAGUGGCUCGCUCGAGGAUCUGAAAGUCCCACAGGUCGACAUUAUGUACUUGCAUGCGCCUGACCGAACCGUCCCCUUUGAGGAGACGGCAGAGGCCAUUGACAAGGCAUACCGAGAGGGAAAGUUUAAGCGCUUUGGGCUGUCCAACUACACGGCUGAGGAAGUUGAGCAGUUUAUCAAGAUUAGCGAGGAGCGAGGCUUUGUGAAGCCGACUGUGUAUCAGGGGCAGUAUAACCCGAUUGUGAGGACGGGCGAAAAGGAGCUAUUUCCGGUGCUGCGAAAGCAUGGCAUUUCUUUUUACGCCUGGAGUCCUGGAGCUGCCGGCUUCUUCAGCGGAAACCACAAGAACCCCCAACCCGGAAGCCGUUACGACCCCUCGCACGUAAUCGGUAAAUUGUACAACGCAUGGUAUCGCAAACCCAGGACCGAGGCCGCCGCCGACAGAGUGCGAGAAGUCGCCGCCAAGCACGGCAUCUCGGGCCACGCAGCCUCUCUUCGAUGGACGGCCCAUCACGGGGCUCUUUCCGCCGAGCAUGGGGAUGCAAUUGUCAUUGGAGCGUCGAGCAUUGCGCAGUUGAAUGAGAACUUGGACAUCUUUGAGCAGGGGCCGCUGCCGCAGGAUGUUGUUGAUGCGGUCAAUGCUGUUGCGGAGGAGAUUGGCGAAGAUGCCAUUCCUUAUUACUUCUAA